AAGAGUAGAAUUGCGAUUCCCGUUAGAGCCGGUGACUCACACUUGGCCUUAUCACACCAUUAAAGCCUCUUCUACUACUUACCUAAAAAGAAACAGAGAGACUCACAAAUACAGAGAGAGAGACCAUUCUCGCUGGAAAUCUAGGGUUUCAUUCGCAGGAUAUCUCUGCUGGUUAAGUUAAGAAGAUGACGAAGAAAGAACCAAAGUAUACUGUUAAUGAUGAUAGUGAAGAAUCAGAUGAAGAGACGACUGAUAAAGAAUCAGAUGAAGAGAUGACUGAUAAAGAAUCAGAUGAAGAGACAAUGGAUAAAGAAUCGGACGAAGAGAUGACUGAUAAAGAAUCAGAUGAAGAGACGAUUGAUAAAGAAUCAGAUGAUACUGUUUGUUCCAUUUGUGAUAACGGUGGUCGUGUUUUAUGUUGUGACGGGGAAUGCAAACGAUGCUUUCAUGCAACUGUUGGAGACGCUGGGAAUGAAUCAAAUUGCAAAACACUGGGCCUUUCUAAGGCUGAAUUAGCUGCGCCAAAGUUCAUUUGCUUGAAUUGUCAGCAUAAGCAGCACCAGUGUUUUGCGUGUGGAAAGUUAGGCUCUUCUGAUUGUUCUUCUAUUCAAGAGGUGUUCGGCUGUGCUUCCUGUGGCCAUUUUUAUCAUUCCAAAUGUGUUUCCGACCUGCUUUAUCCGCGAAAUGAAGUGGGAAGCAAACACCUUCAGGAAAUAAUUGUUACAGGGGGGUCAUUUGCUUGUCCUGCUCAUAAAUGCCAUGAAUGCAAACAAGAUGAAAAUAGUAUGGUACGUGAAUUGCAGUUUGCAAUAUGUAGACGCUGUCCGAGGGCAUUUCACCGUAAAUGCUUGCCGCGGGAUAUCGCUAAUGCAGGGAAACGAGGACUUGUUAAGAGGUCUUGGUGCAAUUUGUUGCCAAGAAAUCGAAUUCUAAUCUAUUGCCUGAAUCACGAAAUCGAAAAAGGUCAGGCAACACCAUCUCAAGACCACAUUGUAUUUCCUGACAUAAAGAGGAAAGCUCAGCCUUCAAGCCAACAAAAAGUUUUGAAGAGGAAGAGAAUUAUAUCUGAAGAGUUCCAGAGAAGUGUUUCUGCGAAGAAACCAAAUCAAUUUGAAAUGCUAGCUCCUACAGAACAAAGUAAGUUCGUAGAAAACAAUGUCAAAAGAUAUUCGGUUCAAAGUCUGGAUUCUACAACUGGAUUGGGCACCAACAGUGUCUCUGAAACGACUCUGAAGGGCGGUAUGAAGUCUUCGACUGAUCAAUCUCUCGAGCAGCAAAAGGUACCAACAAGCUCAGUCGGUUCAGAGACUCUACUAGGCGCUAAAGCAAACCGAGCGAAAAAUCUAGUUGCAGCACCAUUUUCAAUGACAUUGAAUGACUAUAAAAAGGAGUAUAAAAAUAAAGUUAAACUGGAAAAGUGUAGAGGUGUAAAAACUACUAAUUCACAGGAAAAGGCAGAAACAACUGAUCGGGCUGAUCGAACAGCAUUACAGAAGUGCAAAGAACACUCUAAACUUGAUGAGUCAAAAGAUGUUGUUGACCCAAAGAUCAUCAACCAGAUAACUCAGUGCAAGGUUGUUGAUAAGCUUCGUGCUUAUGUACACAAAGGCGACACUGUAGUCAAUGUUGCCUAUAGUGCUAAUGACUUCACUUGCUCUAUGAAGCAAUGGCUUGAAGGGUCCGGAAAGGAUUGCUCAUUUAAAGACUAUGAUAUGUGGCAAUCCAAGAAUGUCGGUACUGUUGAUGAGUCUGAUUGGUUGAGCGUUCGUCGAUUGGCUACCGGAUCCAAAUUGAUCAUUUGCCUUAAUGUUCCUGUUGGGAUCAGUUCUUUCGUUGCUAACAAUUCAAUUGACAAGGCUCUUGGUUUCAAGCCCAAACUCCUUGUUCUGUUUGUUCCGGCGGACACUAAAAGAUUGGAAAAGAAACAUUCAUAUGAGUUGAUCUGGAAUGAUAGUGAGAGACUCUCGAGUAAGUUCUUACCUUCAUCUGUGAGAAUAAGCGACAACCAAAUAAAGCUAUGGAACUCAAAACCACCAGUGGUUUAUUUCUGGAGCCGUACGGAUUGGUGUCCUGAGCACAAGAAGAUAGCUCGUAUGUGUGGUCAUAUACCAAUAUGUCGAAAUGGUUCAAACGUGGAAGUGGGAGAAGAAAUAGAGGUAAAAGAGAAAGAGAACAAAGAGGAAGAGGAAGAGAAAGAGGAAGAAGAAAAAGAAGAUGAAGAACGUGAGCAAGACCAAGAAACCACCCCUAAAACAGAAGUAGUUACUAGUGUUCUGUCAAAUGAAGUGCGUUGCUCCUCCCCCAAUAACCAGAGAUCAAUUGUUUCUUCAGCUCCUGACGGAAACCAGGACCAACAGGACAAGAAAGAGAAAGAUGAAGUACACAGUGAACAGGACAAAAGGCGUUCUGCGGCUCCAGGAGAAAACCAAAAGGCAUUUGUCCUUCAUUUUGCACCUGGUCCGUAUAUACCAUACUCACAUGACAAGCAUUCAUGUGGCGGUUGGAUCUCUGAUGAUGAGUAAUUUAAGAAUAUAUAUCCAGACAUGAUUGCACAUUGUGCUUUGGUGCUCAUUUUUUUGCAUGUGAACUCCAUCUUUGGGAGAAAGCAGGCUCUGUAUAUAAAUCUUCAUCAACGCCCGUCUCCCCAGAAGGUUUCUCUGUGUUUGUAAUUUUUUGAUGCAACAAUCAGCCUAAGAAAUUGGGGAAUUUGAGAAGCAGUGUGAGAUUGGGCCUGCUCAAUUUUGUAAUUAUGUUAUCGGGACUUCUUUCUAUAUAGUUCUAUAAUUAUAGCUCCGAAUAUAAAUCUUCUGGAAGACUA